CAUACAGAGUGUACGGUACAAUCAUCUGGUCUGUCUUUUACACGUGUUCGCUUACUCCAUAAUAAUAAAAAUAUUAAUAAAGUGGUUAAUUUGACGGUGCUCUAAUAAACCAUCAUUUGAAAUACACAGUAUUUUGGUGACCCCAACCAUCUUUGUUUGUGGAUGGUCGGUAUAGCUCAGCAUCAUGACCUCUACGAAACAAGUGUUCAAAAAUUUAGUGGGAUCUUGGACGAUUCGACGCGUGUUGGGGAGCUACGGUCACGGGGAGGGUUCGGCCAAAUUCACCGUGACGUCAGAGUCCCCCACAACCCAUGAUCCAUUGGUCCUUCGCUACCGUGAGGACAUGACUUUGGCAUACACCUCCGAGUCUGGACUACGACAGGGACAAGGGGUUGGGGGGACAGCUUAUCAAGAAUAUGUCUAUCUGUACGACGAGGAGAAGGAUAAAAUCACAAAGGAAUUUGUGGAUGGUCGGCACUUUUAUGAUUUAAAGUUGGACCUGGAGAGGAUGGAGGGAGAAGGGGAACAUCUUUGUGACAAGGAUUUCUAUCGGUCCAAGUACGUGUUCCAGGAUUGUAACCACUUCACCCUCGCCUACGAUGUUAAAGGUCCUCAGAAGGAUUAUGUCAUCCAAACGUUGUUCACAAAAGACGAGACGGCGACGGCUCCCAAAACCAGUAUGUCGAGUAGUACUGAAAAGUCGUAAAAAUUAUCACUACGCUUAGGAUGAUUGGGGACAUAUUUAAUUUUCCAUUUGUUGACGAGGAGAACGAAAAUGAAUUUAGAGGAGGCCACUUCUCGGAACCGACUUUAUUUAACAAAAAUUAAAAAAUAUGCUUAUCCAUAAAUAAAGACUGAUGAGAUACCCUAAUUUUAUAUGCAGCUGAUAAUACUUUGAUUAGUACAUAUUUACAAUAAAAGUGUUCCAAUAAAACCAACCAUACUAAACCAUAGUAUAUU